CCAUUUCCUCCUCAUCCUCACUCCCAUCAUGCUCUGCAGCUCCGCUGUGCUUCACCAUCAGCUGCCAGCUAAGCGCGCCGCAGAAAACUGCAGUAAACGUUUGGCUGAAGCUUCAGAGCUGAAGGUGGGGGCGAUGGAUGUGAUGGAAGGGAAAGGUCUGAACAUCCCCCAGAUUAUCACCACCCCAGAACCAGAACCCAACAAUCUCACAGCCCCAGAGCUCAGUGUUGCAGGUGAUGUGUCUGCAGACGAGGACGAUCCCGAGCUGCUGAGGGUUGGUUUGAAAGCGUGGACCACUCAGGGAGACCACCUGACUGCAGACGACGAGACUCGUCCGCUGUCGGCGGCCAGCGUCGGCAGCGUGGUGGUCCAGGACCGCCUCAACGAGCUCGUCAGGCUGUUCAAAGGUCGGACGGAACGGCAGAAAGAACGGCUGAUCGACCCGGACGAAUCGGAGGAAGAAAGUCCCGCAGCCUCUCCAAGCAAAGCUCCGCCUCCCCCUCCUCCCCCGCCUCCCCCAGGAGAGGAGAAGAAAGACACCGCAGAAGCAGGAGGAGGAGAAGAAGAAAAGGAGGAGGAGAAGGAGUUUAAAUUUGAGCUUCUGGGAUAUGAGGUCAAAAUUCCCAAUCUGCCCAAACUUCCCCCGAUGCCUGGCUGGCUCCGAGCCAUCCUGGAGUUCCGCUUCCCCUCGAGCAUCGACCCGUUCACUGACCUGAUCUACGUCAUCUGGCUGUUCUUCGUGGUGGCGGCGUGGAACUGGAACGUAUGGUUGAUCCCCGUCCGCUGGGCGUUUCCUUACCAAACCUCUGAAAACAUCCACCUGUGGCUGCUGGCCGACUACACCUGCGACCUCAUCUACAUCAUUGAUAUCCUCGUCUUCCAGCCCAGGCUGCAGUUCGUCCGCGGAGGAGACAUCGUGUGCAACAAGAAGGACAUGAGGGAGCACUACAUGACCACGGAGAGAUUUAAGAUGGACAUCAUCAGCCUGUUUCCUUUGGAGGUAUUUUACUAUUUCACUGGAGUCAACUCUCUGCUGAGGUUCCCUCGCCUGCUAAAGUACAUGGUUUUCUCCGAGUUCAACGACAGAAUGGAAUCUGUGAUGAAGAAAGCGUACAUCUACAGGGUGAUCCGAACCUCAAUGUACCUGCUGUACUCCCUGCACAUCAACGCCUGCCUCUUCUACUGGGGCUCCGAUUAUGAAGGACUGGGAUCCACCAAGUGGGUCUAUAACGGAAAAGGCAACGCGUACAUCCGCUGUUACUACUUUGCCGUGAAGACGCUGAUCACCAUUGGAGGACUGCCCGACCCCACCACCGUCUUUGAAAUCUGCUUCCAGCUCAUUAAUUACUUUGUUGGCGUCUUUGCUUUCUCCAUCAUGAUCGGUCAGAUGAGGGAUGUAGUUGGAGCGGCGACUGCUGGGGAGAACUACUACCGUGCCUGUAUGGACAGCACAGUUAAGUACAUGACCUCCUACAACAUCCCUCGCGAGGUCCAGAACCGCAUCAAGACCUGGUACGACUACACCUGGAAGAGCCAGGGCAUGCUGGAUGAGCAGGAGCUUCUGAUCCAGCUUCCUACUAAGAUGAGGUUGGACAUCGCCGUGGACGUUAACUACGCCAUCGUCAGUAAAGUCGCCCUGUUUCAGGGCUGUGACAGGCAGAUGGUGUUUGACAUGCUAACGAGGCUCAAGUCUGUCGUGUACCUGCCCGGAGACUUUGUUUGUAAAAAGGGGGAGAUCGGCAGGGAGAUGUACAUCAUCAAGCAGGGCGAGGUUCAGGUGGUGGGCGGUCCCGACCUGCAGACGGUGUUCGUCACCAUCAGAGCCGGCUCGGUGUUUGGAGAGAUCAGUCUGCUGGCAGGAGGCGGAGGAAACCGGCGCACAGCCAACGUGAAGGCCCACGGAUUCGCCAACCUGUUCAUCCUGGAUAAGAAGGACCUGGCAGAGAUCCUGGUGCAUUACCCCGAGUCCGAAAAACUGCUGCGCAAGAAGGCCAAGAAGAUGCUGACAAAGGACAAGAAGCCGGAGGAGAAGGAGGGGACUAAAGGUGCAAAGACAGUCAUCCCGCCGCGACCGGACACGCCAGAAAUGUUCAAGGCCGCCCUGAAGGUGACGGAGCAGGCGGGCAUCGAGGGAACCUUCACCAAGCUGAAGAAAGCAUACAGACCGUCUGAGGUGGGAGAGGCACAGGCUCCUCCCUCCAUUUCUCCGAUCCCGCCCCCUUCUCCAAUGCACCGCCGUUCUCCGGUACCCCUGAGUCCGGCUCCGGAAGACGGAGAGGAAACGGUGGCAGAGACGGCUGACAGCUCAGUCGUCAUCAGGAUGACGCCGCGGCACAAAGGGGAGGAGCUUCUCACCGUGGAGAUGAAGGCAGGAGAGGGAGAGGUGGAGGAGGAGGCAGAGGAGAAGGAGGAGAUGAAGGAGAAGGAAGAGGAGCCAUCAAAGGAGUGAGCUGACAGGAAGCUGCUGCCCUUCACCUGCUCCAAGGAGGAAACAGGACACUCUCAGGUGUAGGACAUGCUUCUUCUUCUGUCACAUGACAGGAAGGAAGGAGAAGAAUGAUGUAAAGGAGAGGAAGCAGGAAAUAAAGCAAGGACGGAAAGGAUACUUUCUUCUUUUCUUCCUUCCUCCCACCUUAAUCCAGUUUUUUUUUUCAGGUCUCAGAGUUUCAGAGAACUUUGAUCUCACGGAGGUUACUGUCUGGCUGCAGUACCGUCUUUGGCCACACGAACUGACUUACAUGUACCACCCAUUAGAACCCAGAGAGGCGCUGUUUCACCACGUAAACGUGGUCAAGGAGCGUGUCUGUAACAGAAAUGAUUAAAGAAACUCAUUUUCCCAGAAUCCCCGGUUUCUGUCCUGCAGAUUCUUAACCACUGACUUUCUGGGGCCCUCCCUCAGCUGAUUUUAGAGGCAUGUGUUGGGAACUACAGGGAGCAGCCGGAAGAAGAAGAAGAAAGAUGUGAGCUGCGUCUUCUUUAUGUAAAAACAGACUGAACAUGCAUUUGUGGCGUGUGAGAGAUCUGACAGCCGCUGAUUGAUUUUCCACCGAGAGCUGCUCGAUAAUGCCGUCUGACAUCAGCUGAGCUCUGAGGACAUCCAAUGAUUUUAGCCGGCAGCUUCCAGGUCAUUCAGGGUCACCAGGAUGACGGUUCAGGGUUAGCGGGUCAGUUUGGAGCACAAAAGUGCAGCAUGUAUUUUAAUGUCUGAACAUGUUGCUUUCCCUAUAACACAGUAAAAAUAUCAUAGUUAGAACAAAUGUUUCACUAUUUGAUUUUAACUCUGGAAGCUUGUUUCUAUCACAGAAAAAAAGAUUUUUUGCCAUGCAUGAACCAAAAUUUGACCAAAAAGUUUGACUAGGUAAGACAAUAUUUGGGGAUACCGAACCUGAAAUUUUGAAUUUAUGGAUGUCAAAAAUGUACUGAAACAAGCUUCUGUUCAUAACAAAAACCGCACAUAAAAAAUAUAAAAUAAGCAAUUAAAAAAUGAAAUCGUGAGGCAAGCUUUAAUACAAUAAGCCUACAGUCAUUUUAGCUGUAGCUGCUAGAGGGCGCUGCUGAGCUUUCUGAUAAAGUAAAGAGCCGGGGGGCACAAGCUCCCGGCCACAGAGAUGCUGCAGUGUUUAUACAGGACAGGAAAAGCUUCAGGAAGUGCAGGAAACUGUGUCGGCCCGAGCCGUGAAAAAGGCGGGAAAACAGAAACAAUGCAGCACAGGAAGCUUCGUGAUUACUGCUGAUUACCGAGAGUAGAAGAAGAAACGUGACACUGCUGCUUUGGCUCAGAAUUCAGGUUUUAUUGUAUUUCUACUGAAGCAACGACAUCACUGUAAGAAGUAAAAACCAGUUUGUAAAUAAAAUGAUUUUAAGGAGUGUCUGUGUUUCAGCUGAG